AUCAGAGCAGCCACGUCACAUAAUUAGAGACGUCUCAACCAGUGUGAACUUUGGACAUGAGUAACUUACUGUACCACAGCGUCACGUUGCUGAUGAGGAACAGCUGCGGAGGAAGAGCUAGUGGGUGAAAAAGUUGGCCAUAAGUGGUAUUGACAGCCAGUCGAGUGUUUGGCCACUUUGCGCCACCUUGUGAGUGAAGUGUCGCCCUUGCAGAGCCAGCAUGGUGUCAGUGGUCCGCUCCCUUCGACACCACAGCGACGAGGUAACCUGUUGUGCCUUCUCCCCGACUCUGUUAGCGACGUGUUCCGGCGAUAAGACAGUUCGCAUUUAUGACACCGCUGACUUCUCCGAGCUGCCGUACUCGCCCCUGUCGGGUCACGGCUACGCGGUUCACUGCUGCUGCUUCAGCGCCUGCGGCAGCUACCUGCUCACCUGCUCCACAGACGGCUCCACCAUCAUCUGGAGCGCGGCGACAGGUGAGGCGGCCGCAGCGCUGCAGCACCCGGACCGCAGUCCUGUGCGAGUCUGCGCACUGGCGCCCGACUCUUCUCUCCUGCUGGCCGGAGCCUGCGAUGGCACCGUGGCCAUGUGGAACUUUGACUCCAAGACACUGCGCAGAUGCAGUGCAGUAAGUGAGGCCAGUGUGGUGGCUUGUUGCUUCUCCCCGUGUGGCCAGAUGUUUGUGACUGGCUGCACCAAAGGAGACAUCAAACUCUGGGACUUAGAUGUGAGUCUCCUCCAUGCUGAGAAAGACGCCCACGACCUGGGAGUCACCUGCUGCAGCUUCGCACCCCAGUGUGAAUUUGACGGCUGCUGUGUGGAGUUUCGAUUGGCCUCCUGCGGACAGGACAGCCAGCUGAAGAUAUGGAUUGUUUCCCAGCAUGGAGGAGCAGCCAGUGACAUGAAGCUGCUUCACACUCUCUCUGGCCAGUCAGCCCCAGUUCUGUCUUGUGCGUUCUCCUCUGAUGGAGAGAUGGUCAUCUCAGGCUCGGUGGAUAAAAGUGUCACAGUGUAUGAUGCGAACCAGGGAACCCUUCUCCACACUUUGAACCAGCAUGAUAGGUAUGUGACGGCUGUUGCUGUGUCUCCCACCAUGCCCUGGAUUGCAACUGGCUCCAUGGACAAAACUGUGAAGGUGUGGAGAAUAGGAAAUGGAGACAGUGGAAUUGAAGCCGAAACAACACAGACUGUGUGCCAAGGAAGGAAGUUGCCGGGUCACUCCAGGCUGCUGGUUGCUGAUUGGUCGGAGGAGGAUGUGGGGACUUGGCUGCGUGAGGAAGGGCUGGAGGAGCUUGUCAGCAUCUUGAAAGUCAACAACAUCGAUGGACCGGAGCUCAGCCAGCUGAACAAGGAAACAGUGGCUGAGCUGGGAAUUGAGUCAGUGGGCCUGCGUGGUCGGCUUCUGAGGAAAAUUGAGGCCCUGAGGGUGGAACAGAGCGGUUCAGAGGCCCCAGAUGAGUUUCUGUGCCCAAUCACUAGAGAGCUGAUGAAGGAUCCAGUCAUUGCAGCAGAUGGGUAUUCCUAUGAACGAGAAGCCAUUAAAAGCUGGCUCACAGCCAAGAAUAAAUCCAGCCCCAUGACGAAUUUGCCCCUCCAGACAACGCUCGUCACCCCGAACAGAUCUCUGAAGAUGGCGAUAGCACGAUGGAAGUCCAGCCAGUAGACUGCGGCUCAUGUUAAGCCCAUUUUUCAAAAACCAACCAUACAGGUACUUCAUUAUUAACAGUACUAAUUGCUCAUCUGAUAAGAAGUGCCCUUAUCUUUUGAGUGAGGGGAAAAAUGAAUGUAAUAGUUUUUGGAAAUCAAAAGGCUAAUGGAUAUUUGCCCGUUCUAAUAACCAGUCCUGUUUAUAAAUUAUUGCCUGCAUGGCUGCCAACUGUCUGGAAUGAUACAUCCAAAGAUGCCAUCCUUUAAUUACAUUGAAUUAUGUGUUGAUAUAUCACCUACUCUUCAGGCUUUUAGAUGGUAACCAAGCACCCAUAGACUGUUGAUAUUCUCUUCAUGUGAAGUGAAACUGUCUCAUAACUUAGAAUAAAAGCUAGUAGUCCUGUA